CGUAGCCUUUGAGACGGUAGGGGGCAGCAGAGUGCGCAGCACAAGUAACGAAGAAGAAGAAGAAGCUGAAGCGGAAGUAGAAUCUUAUCGUGCCCUUGUGUGUGAGAAAGACGACUGUAGACGGACUGUCAAGAUGAACAGACACAUAUUUGCGCUCCAGCAGGUGGCGCGGCGGACCAUCUCCAGCUCCGUCCGCCGGCAGGUCGACAACAAAGUCCCGCAGAAACAGAAGAUGUUUCAGGAGGAUAAUGGGAUGCCGGUUCAUUUAAAAGGAGGCACUAGCGACGCUCUGCUGUACAGAACAACGAUGGCUCUCACCAUCCUGGGAGCUGGAUAUGUCGUGUAUGAACUGGUGAAGGCAGCGUUCCCUCAGAAGAAGGACUAAUCACUCGACUGCUUACAGCUGUUUACUUCAAUUUCAAAAAUCGGCCAGUCGCUCUAUAUUGUGUAAAAAAAAAAAGAUGAUAAUCCUCCGUCUGUGCCGGGCUGUGUGUCUCCUGUCAUGAUGGGAUACGUUUCACGUUCAUGGGAUCAAUAUUUAUUUCUUGUACUCUCUCUGGUGACCUGAGGAUCAAUAAAAAAAAAAUGCCUCUCAU